AUACGUUUACUAUUUCUGGAACACUAAAGCAAGAUAUCACUGAUGACAUCAACCUUUAUAUUGGAUUUACUGAUGAGCAUGGAAAUAUAGAUAAUGAUAUAGUGGACAUUUGUAAAGAAGUUGCAUGUCCAAUUAUAGCUGGAACUUUAUAUAAAACAAUACAGGAUGUUUAUGUACCAAAAUUACGUGGAACAUCUUAUAUUGUAGUUGGAAUUGCAACUGAAAGUACUGAUGUACUAGCCUGUUCUGUUUAUACUACUUAUAUUUAUUUUUGA